CAAACAAAACACCUCUUAAAUCUACCUUCAAAGCUGGUUCAAUGGAAAUAACCUAGAAAGUUUGUUGAAAAAUAAGGCAGUAAAGAUUUUCCUUUGUCUUUUAUUAGCUCCCAUUUAUUUCUUUAUCUAACCACCAACUACGAACUUCCAGGAUCUAUAAAGAUUGAAGACCCAAGGUACUCAUAAACUCAGAUACACCAGAGAUCUUGUCCUCGAAUUCACUUUCUGAGUGUGCUUGUUAUAGGAAUAGUGAAAACUUAGCCUCAAUAAAGCUGGGGUCUCCACCUUCCUUCCUCCCAGGUUAGCAUAUGAAUUCCAGAGUAGUUUACAUCAUACCACAAUGUUAUCUGUCUGUGCUGAUAUAUGCUGAGAUUUCCUAUCAGUCCUCAGGCGUCAGUCCACAGGGUUGGCUACCAGCCUGCCACUUGUUUCCUGUCAACAUGUCCCCUUUUGUCUGGCCCACUCUGUGCUAGCACCUCGUAUGCAGGCAGUCAUUCUUGUGCUACUGCAGUAUGCCGGAGCCUAGGAACCCCUGGAGGUUGUUUAAACCCAUUUAUCUAAAGCAGAGGAUCUGAAACUGGCAGCCUGUAGCCACUUCAAAUCUGCACAUGUUUUUUGACCUGCAUGAUUAUAUCAGUUAUUUAUCACUGCUUAACAAACCAUCCCAAAUUUUAGUAGUGUAAAAUAUACCAUUCUAUUUGUUCCCCAUUCUGUGGCUCAGCAGUUUGGCCCAGAUUUAACUGGUGGUUCUUCUGCUGGUCUUGCCUGGGAUCACACAUGUGUCUGCAGUCACCUGGCAGCCAGACUGCCUCAUUCACAUGUCUGGCAGUCACUGUGGGGCUUGCAGCGCUGUUGCCUUGAUCUCUGGAGGCCAGCCCAGCUACUUUGCACAGUGUCUCUGGCUGUAAGAAUUGGACCUGUCUUAAGUCACAAGCACUUUUCAAACUCUGUGUCAUGUUUGCUAUUGGCCAAAGAAAAAGACCCUACCUCUUGAUGGGAGGAACAGCAAAGUCACAUUCAAAGGGGCACAUAUACAAGGAUAGGAGGAAUUUGGGCAUUUUUUUUGCCAUCUAUCACAGGUUAGUUUCUCUUUGUCUCUCUCUCUCACUCUCGCACUCUCUCUCUCUCUGUCUGUCUCUGUCUCUCUCUCUCUCACUCUCUCUCAUUCUAAUUGCCAAUGUUUAAAAAUUGGAGCUUCAUCUUAUCUUGAAAAAUCAGCUAGCCUAUUUUAUUCAUUUAUACUUCCUCCCUUGUCUGUUGGCAUUUGAGUUGUGAUAAUGCCUAGUUUACAAGAUUUUUUUUGUGAAGUUAGAUAUGGAAAAAUCUGACAAAAGCAGGCACUCAAUAUGUUUUCCCCUUUCCCCUUUACCUGCCAAUGACCAAGGAGAGCAGCCAAGAUGAAUAAUGAGGGAGUCAUAGAGGAGGUGGCUGGAGAGUAAUCCCUUAGUCUGUUUUAGAAGUGUAAAAACAUUAGGAAACAAAACUCUUAAAGAGUUUAUAAGAAAACUAAAUGUACUUUAAGAAAUUAAAAAGAGCAAUAGGAAACACCUCAGUUUGCUCUAAGUGAAAGGCUUUAGGUUCUGCUAGUAGAUGACUGGAUUACAACCAGGAUAUGUUUGAAUGCAAAGUCCAGGCUCAAAAAGGGGUCUUAGUGGCUCCUUCUAAACUGAUAUGUUAAGGCAAGGAAAGAGAAUAUGUCCCUAAUGUCUAAAACUAUGCCUAAUACUUACCCAAGAACCUGAGCUUAUUCCUGGGAAGCACCUGCAGAGAACUGAGUGGUUCUGGUCCUGGUGCUUGUCAUCAAGUGGCUGUGUGUAAACAUCUUACCCCAGUGUAAACAUCUGGAGCUGGUAAAUGUCUAGGGGUUUUUCUCACUGCCCUCCAGACUCAGCACUGCCUGUUCCUUUCUAGCCUGAGUCAGAACUCAACAGAGAACUCUCCAACACACAGAGCAGGCACUAUCUGCCACAGUUCCUUUCCCUGAUAGCUUCAAAUUAUAUGCCUUUUGAAAUAAGCUUCCUUUUAACUUGAACAAAUAAUUGGUCAAUAUCUGCCUCAGUGAAGAGGAGCCCGGCCUCUGCAAACACAUAGGAACAAACUGUUUAAAAACCAAAGCACUUGUGUAAGCAGUUAAAAAAUAAGCUUGUUGGACUUUGUCCCUAUAUAUGAGUUAGGCAAUUCUCCCAGCUGGUUUGAGUGACUCACUGACAGUGAAGCACAGUGAAGCAGUGGAAACCAGAAUAUCCAAAGAGUGGUUUGAAGGAGAAAGAAGCAUUGUGGCUUUGUAUCCUCUGGGCCUGCGUUUCCUGAAGUCAUCACACAUAGAGCAGAGAGAAAAUGGCCGAAUUAAAGUACCUUUCUGGAUUUGGGAAUGAGUGUACUUCAGAGGACCCUCGCUGCCCAGGUUCCUUGCCAGAAGGACAGAAUAAUCCUCAGGUCUGCCCCUACAAUCUGUAUGCUGAGCAGCUCUCAGGAUCGGCUUUCACUUGUCCACGGAGCACCAAUAAGAGAAGCUGGCUGUAUAGGAUUCUACCUUCAGUUUCUCACAAGCCCUUUGAAUCCAUUGAUGAAGGCCAUGUCACUCACAACUGGGAUGAAGUUGAUCCUGAUCCUAACCAGCUUAGAUGGAAACCAUUUGAGAUUCCAAAAGCAUCUCAAAAGAAAGUGGACUUUGUGAGUGGCCUGCACACCUUGUGUGGAGCUGGAGACAUAAAGUCUAACAAUGGGCUUGCUAUCCACAUUUUCCUCUGUAAUACCUCCAUGGAGAACAGAUGCUUUUACAAUUCAGAUGGGGACUUCUUGAUUGUUCCCCAGAAAGGGAACCUUCUCAUUUACACCGAGUUUGGCAAGAUGCUUGUACAGCCCAAUGAGAUCUGCGUCAUUCAGAGAGGAAUGCGGUUCAGCAUAGAUGUGUUUGAGGAAACCAGGGGCUACAUCUUGGAGGUCUACGGUGUCCACUUUGAGUUACCUGACCUUGGACCAAUUGGGGCCAAUGGCUUGGCCAAUCCUCGUGAUUUCUUGAUACCCGUUGCCUGGUAUGAGGAUCGCAAAGUACCAUCUGGUUACACUGUCAUUAAUAAAUACCAGGGCAAGCUGUUUGCUGCCAAACAGGAUGUCUCCCCAUUCAAUGUUGUGGCCUGGCAUGGGAAUUAUACACCCUACAAAUACAACCUGAAGAAUUUCAUGGUUAUUAACUCAGUGGCCUUUGACCAUGCAGACCCAUCCAUUUUCACAGUGUUGACUGCUAAGUCUGUCCGCCCUGGAGUGGCCAUCGCUGAUUUUGUCAUCUUCCCACCUCGAUGGGGGGUUGCUGAUAAGACCUUCAGGCCUCCUUAUUACCAUAGGAACUGCAUGAGUGAGUUCAUGGGACUCAUUCAAGGUCACUAUGAGGCAAAGCAAGGUGGGUUCCUGCCAGGGGGAGGCAGUCUGCACAGCACAAUGACCCCGCAUGGACCUGAUGCUGACUGCUUUGAGAAGGCCAGCAAGGCUAAGCUGGCACCUGAGAGGAUUGCCGAUGGCACCAUGGCAUUUAUGUUUGAAUCAUCUCUAAGUCUGGCAGUCACCAAGUGGGGACUCAAGGCCUCCAGGUGUUUGGAUGAGAACUAUCACAAGUGCUGGGAGCCACUGAAGAGCCAUUUCACUCCCAACUCCAGGAACCCAGCAGGACCUAAUUGAGACUGGAACAUUGCUACCGUAAUUCAGAGUAGAUUUGUGAGGCUUUCUUGAGAAUCUUAUGCUUUCUGGUAGUAUUGGGGGAGGGGGUUGGUUAAAAUGAAAACUCACUUUUAACAGUCAAGUAACUCAGAACUUUUGCAGAAACGCAUUUGCAAAGUUCUAUGGCUGUUACCUUAAUUACUCAAUAAACUUGCUGGUGUUCUGUGGAA